AUUCCUACUAUUAAACAAUAAUUGCCCUAGAAAUCGAUCAUGCACGGCGCCGAGAUGUCGCCACCUCCGCGCGGCGUCGGUUCCCCUUUGCUCGUCACUUGCAGUAGAAAACGCCGCCUUCGAUCCGAAGGAAUCCUCUCCUCCGACGAUCCUCGUCCUCUCCAAGUCUUUGCGCCUGGCGCCGAGGAGAAUCGUCCCAUCGUCGACUACGGCCGGAAUCCCCUCAGCCACGAAUCGGACGGCUUUGGUAUCCGCCAAGACGAGGCCGAUGCUCAAUACAAGCUGUUGCUGGACCACCUUAACGUCGAUGACAAGUCCUACGUUUUCGAGGUGAUCAUCGGAGGCUCGCGGUGGCGAAUCAAAUACGAACAGGACGAGGACUCCUGUGUCACCGCGGUUCGGUCGCAGCCCCGGAAGCGUCGGUUGAGCACCUCUAGCCGAGCGUGUAACGCCAAGAAGAGGCGCAAGAACAAUGGCCUGGGUCAGGAGCCUUGCGAGGCCUCUGGCCCGCGUGCUCCUCUUUCCCAAAGCGGGAGGGACGUUGGAGGCUCGUUGAUCGAUGAGGAUUACCAGGUGUUCUUGAACCACGUCAAGGCGUGCGGCCGCUCGAUGAUUCUCCAGUACGGGAACAAUGUGACCAUCGUAUAUGAGAAAGAACGAAAUGGAGGGGAGGAAGUUCAAGAAAAAGAAGAAGAAGAAGAAAUUGAAAAUGAAGCUGUACACCCCAUGGAAAUGGAAAUGAAACUGUACGAUGAUCCUCUUCAAACCUCCAGUUCCACGGCUAGCUACUUUGACGAAUUACUGCAGCAUAGGUCAUCUUCAUUCAGGGACAGGCUUAUGGAUAUCCUCAGGAAGCCAUUUGAUCAGAAAGAAUUUGAAAAUAUGAUGUCUUUGAUUAAUAUUCGGAAUCCAAUAGUGAAAUACAAGGAAUUGCGUAAUGGAUCCAAACCUUACAUGACAAACCAGUUGGGAAGUUCAUAUCUCGAUUGUCAUCCUGAUCUUGCCAGACGCAUCUCAUCAGCAUUUGAUGAUCACCACAAAAGUUUGUUUCUCCAUGGCUUCUUCUUUUGGUUAAAGGAGCUGGAACUAGCUUGUAAAUUAUUUAUCACUCUUUUGCAGAACGUUGGUUAUGAAGGAGCAUUUAAGCCAUGGGUACCUGCAUUACCUGACCAUAUAGUUAUUGAAUGUGAUGAUACAACAAUUCUUUCAGUUCAAAAUGAUAUGUCAGAGGGAGAAGAAAAGAAAGGAAGUGAAGGGAAGGAAGUUCAAGAAGAGAAGGAAGGGGAGAAUAAUAUGAAUAUCGUACAUGAGGGAGAAGAAAAGGAAUGGGAGGAAGUUGAAGAAUUAAAGGUGGCUGAGAUCAAACUUUGUGGAAAAGAAAGUGAUGUAUGUCCUGGUGAGAUGGAGAUAAAAUCAUAUCAUGGUUCUCUUCAGUCUUCUACUUCAUUGGGACUGCAAGCAUCUGAAGAUGUGGGUUAUUCUGUUGAAACACUGCAGCAUACAUUAACAUCUUCAUUCCAGAGUAGGCUAACGAGUGUCCUUGAAAUGCCAUUUGACCAAGUUGAAUAUGAACGGUUGAUGUCUUUGAUAAGUCUAUAUAUGCCGGAAAUGAAGGACUUAGGUGAUGAAUCCAGACCUUACACAACAAACCAAUUGGGUUAUUCAUCUCCUGAUCACUACCCUGGGAAGGACCUAUAAGCAUCCGCCAUCAAGUCCUUUUGAAAAUGCUUUGCUUGUAACAUGAUUUGGAAUAUAUUAUGCAUAGAGCAAAAAAUUGGAGCUUAUGCCACAGCCUUCACACAAUUCACAUGUAGCACAAAUCAUGCUGUAAAGAGAAUUUUUCUGUGGAAGAAUUCAAACUAAUCCAAUGGAUAGCUCAGGCUUUGACAUACAUUUGUUCCAUUUAAAUCCAUAGUGUACCUGUAUUUCAAGUUAGCUUCUUAACUUUGAAAAGCAUCGUUGCCUACAACACAUGAAGAAUUGUAUAUAGGAAAAAGAUGUAUACAUAACUAUAUAGGACAAGAGCUCAUGUUGUCCAUUCCUUUUAGAUACCUAUUUAUCUUUUUUCAAUGGUAGCUGCAUGUAUUUUGACUUCUGAUUACCUAUGUGGUACUUUUCUAUUACUUUCUUCUUUAACUUAAUGGAAUGGUGAUACACUUGCUCAAUCUCUGCAUCUGUUCAUGACUAUAUUCCAACUAUAUUGCUAGAUGUACUGUAAGUUGAUCAAAUGCUCUCAGGAAAACUCUAUCCGUCUAACAAUGCACCUAACAAUUCCCACUUGAAUAUACUUAUGCAUGAUGAUGUGAUAUGUGACAUGCAUACAUUUUGAUUGAUUAUGAACUUCAGUUCAAGAUAUAGAAAUCUAAACUAUUCUAUACAAGCUAGUUUUAUGUCUCACUUGUAAUUUCAGAUUGUGCUGUUGUAAGAUUUGUC